GCAGCAUCUUGCACACAGGUUGAAAUCACAGAGUUGCAUCAACUUGAGCGAGCUUAUAGAAAACCAAACUACCGUUGCUGUGAUUUGAUCUCUUUGUGUCAAAUGUUCAUCUCUCCAUCAACAACAAUGAGUUCAACCACACAACCAGAUGGAGUUUCGGGAUGUGACCAGCUCUUGGCUCAGCAAAGAAUGCACAGCAUGAUCAGCUCAGUGGAUGUGAAGUCAGAAGUUCCUGUGGGAUUAGAACCUAUCACGCCAUUAGACCUGCGGACAGAUCUCAGGAUGAUGGUUCCCAUGGUGGACCCAAUGAUACGUGAAAAGCAGCUACAGCAGGAACUGCUCCUGAUCCAGCAGCAGCAGCAAAUUCAGAAACAGCUCCUUAUAGCAGAGUUUCAAAAGCAACACGAGAACCUGACGCGACAGCACCAAGCCCAGAUCCAGGAACACAUAAAGUUACAACAGGAACUCUUAGCCAUCAAGCAACAGCAAGAACUCAUUGAGAAAGAGCAGAAACUGGAGCAACAAAGGCAAGAACAGGAACUGGAAAGGCACCACAGGGAGCAGCUUCCUCCAAUCAGAAGCAAAGAAAGAAGCCGCGAAAGAGCAGUGGCCAGUACAGAAGUGAAGCAGAAACUUCAAGAGUUUCUAUUGAGUAAAUCUGCAACGAAAGACUCUCCAGCCAAUGGGAAGAAUCAUUCCGUUAGCCGGCACCCCAAGCUCUGGUACACGGCUGCCCACCAUACCUCAUUGGAUCAAAGUUCUCCUCCCCUUAGUGGAACAUCCCCUUCCUACAAAUACAUGUUACCAGGAGCACAAGAGGCCAAGGAUGAUUUCCCACUUCGAAAAACCGCCUCCGAGCCCAACUUAAAAGUUCGCUCCAGAUUAAAACAAAAAGUGACGGAAAGGAGAAGCAGCCCUUUACUCAGGAGAAAGGAUGGUACCGUCGUCUGCUCCUUCAAGAAAAGAUUGUUUGAGGUGACAGAAUCAUCAUUCAGUAGCAGUUCACCAGUUUCAGGUCCCAGUUCACCAAGUAAUGCCCCUGCUGGGAAUACAGAGAACGACACCUCAGUGUUGCCAAUGAAUUCCCAAGCUGAGCAUUUGGUUCCACCACAACGCAUUUGCAUCAGUGAAGAAUCAAUGAACCUUUUGAGUCUCUACACAUCCCCUUCUUUGCCCAACAUCACUUUGGGACUUCCAGCCGUACAACCACAACUCAGUGCAUCAGCGCCAUUCAAAGAAAAACAGAAGUGUGAGACCCAGACAAUCAGGCAAGGAGUAGUUUUGCCAGGACAGUACAGAGGAAGCAUCUCUUCACCUUCUGCCCCUCAGCCAAUUGUCCUAGAAGGAAAGCCAAACAGUAGCCACCAAGCUCUCCUCCAGCAUUUAUUACUGAAGGAACAAAUGAGGCAGCAGAAACUCCUGGCUCCAGGAGGGGUGCCUCUUCAUCCUCAGUCUCCACUGGCAACAAAAGAAAGAGUCUCACCUGGCUUAAGAGUUGCACAUAAGUUACCUAGACACAGGCCACUAAAUCGGACCCAAUCCGCCCCGCUUCCUCAGAGCACCUUGGCACAACUUGUUAUUCAGCAACAGCAUCAGCAAUUUCUGGAAAAGCAAAAACAGUAUCAGCAACAGAUCCACAUGAACAAAAUACUUUCUAAAUCUAUUGAACAAUUAAAACAGCCCGGCAGCCUCGAAGAAGCCGAGGAGGAGCUUCAUGGAGAACAUUUGAUGCAGGAAGAAAGAGCGUCCUCUCUUGGUAGCAGCAUUAGGGAUGACAGCAGUAGCAUUUCUUCGGACGACAGACUGGGGCAGCCUUUAGGGGCUGUGAAGGUGAAAGAGGAACCACGGGACAGUGAUGAUGAUAUUCAAAGUCAGCAAAUGGAAUCUGGGGAGAAAGCUGCUUUUAUGCAACAGCAGAUCCUGGAGCGCCGGCGAAUCCAGCAGUUGCAAAUGUACCGGGCUCAGAUGGCUGCAGUUGGCAUGGCGCAAUUGGACAGACGUCAGCCCAUUGCCAGGGCACAGUCUUCCCCAGCGACUCCUGCAUUACCUCACCCAGCGGUGGAUCAGCCUGUAGCUCAUAGCUUCAUGACUGGUGUUGUGUACGACACGCUAAUGCUGAAGCACCAGUGCAUGUGUGGGAAUUACAGCAACCACCCUGAGCAUGCUGGAAGAAUACAAAGCAUCUGGUCGAGGCUGCAAGAAAGUGGCUUGCUAAACAAGUGUGAGCGGAUCCGAGGUCGAAAAGCCAGUCUGGAAGAAAUACAGCUGGUUCACUCUGAACAUCAUUCACUGCUGUAUGGCACCAGCCCCCUGAACAGACAGAAGCUGGACCCCAGGAAAAUCCUAGGUAGUGUGCCUCAGAAACUAUUUUCGUUAUUGCCCUGCGGAGGCCUUGGGGUGGACAGUGACACCAUUUGGAAUGAGCUGCAUUCGUCCGGUGCUGCACGCAUGGCUGUUGGCUGUGUCAUCGAAUUGGCUUCCAAAGUGGCCUCAGGAGAGCUGAAGAAUGGUUUUGCUGUUGUAAGGCCCCCAGGCCAUCAUGCUGAAGAAUCAACAGCCAUGGGGUUCUGCUUUUUUAAUUCGGUUGCAAUUACUGCCAAAUACUUGAGAGACAAGCUAAAUAUAGGCAAGAUAUUGAUUGUAGAUCUGGAUGUUCACCAUGGCAACGGUACACAGCAGGCUUUUUAUGCUGACCCCAGCAUCCUGUAUGUCUCUCUCCAUCGCUAUGAUGAAGGCAACUUCUUCCCUGGCAGUGGAGCCCCAAAUGAGGUUGGAAGUGGCCCUGGCGAAGGUUAUAAUAUAAAUAUUGCUUGGACAGGUGGCUUGGAUCCCCCCAUGGGAGACGCAGAGUACCUCGCAGCAUACAGGACUGUGAUUAUGCCCAUCGCCUCUGAGUUCGAGCCUGACAUUGUCUUAGUAUCGGCUGGCUUUGAUGCCGUGGAAGGCCACGAUCCUCCUCUAGGCGGGUACAAACUGACAGCUAAAUGUACGUUCGGUCACCUCAUCCAACAGUUGUUGACCCUCGCAGGUGGUCGCAUGGUACUGGUCUUGGAGGGUGGACAUGACCUUACUGCCAUCUGUGACGCCUCAGAAGCCUGUCUAAAUGCCCUACUUGGAAAUGAGCUGGAGCCCCUGUCCGAGGACAUCCUCCACCGAACCCCAAACUUAAAUGCCAUGGCUUCUUUGCAAAAGAUCACCAAAAUUCAUAGCAAGUACUGGAAGUCUGUGGAGCCUUACGUUGUGCCAGUUAGUUGUAAGCUGGCUGAGACUCAGAAACAAGAAACAGAGGAGACAGAGGCAGUCUCAGCAAUGGCCUUACUCUCGGUGGAUGUGGAGCAGCCUUUCUCACAUGAACAUGCCAGAGCUGCCGGCGAGCCUAUGGAAGAAGAGCCAGCCUUGUGAAAUGCCAAGUACUCUCUGAUAUUUCCUGUGUGUGACAUCAUUGUGUAUUUCCCCCUCCUCUUACCCCAAAAAAGCACCCUUAGACAUGUCUUGUCUGCUGCUUGGGUGGCAGAGAUCAGAUGGAGCAUAAACACUGGGCACAGAAUUCAGAACAGCAGCUUCACUUGUUCGUUGGAUGGACUUAAAAGGGUCUUCCGAGACUCCUUCGGUGUAACCGCUGCCAUUCUAAAGUUACAGGGAACCAGACCUUGCAAAGCGAGCCUGAGCCUAGAGCCUGCUUUCGUGCGCUGUGUGAUCCACUUGCCGACCUAAAUGGUAGAAUAGAAACACUAAAGCAAUUCUACAUUCUCAACUAUGGUUGCCGAGGGAAAUUGAAAGCAGCCUGAGAAACAUCAAGGGGAGGAACAAAACAGUGUCACAAAUCCCACCGCUUCUGACUUUUUGAACAUGUCUUACUGGAUCAGGUUUUUGUUUUUCUUCACAUUGUCAAAAGAGUCGAUAGGAUUGGUUUAAUGCUCCCGAUGUAAUGAAACGAUGGGCCGUUCCUCUGUAGUGCCAUUUUUUAAAUGCUGAGUCAGGAGGACUCAGCCGAAAGAGAACUCUGCUCCACUGCUUUUCAGCUGUCCCCAAAUGAAAUGUGCAACAUUGCUCUUUUAAGUUAUCCCCUUUCCUC